UCCGGGCUCCUGCGGGGGGCGGGGCCCGGGCGGCGCGUCGAUGGCUGCGGUGGCGGCGGCGGCGCUCUUCUCCGCGCUGUCCGCCCGGCUCUCCCAGUCCGUGGCCGCGCGCUCCUACGGGGUCUUCUGCAAGGGCCUCACGCGGACGCUGCUCAUCUUCUUCGACUUGGCCUGGAAGCUCCGCAUCAACUUCCCUUACCUCUACGUCGUGGCCUCCAUGAUGCUCAACGUCCGGCUCCAGGUUCAUAUUGAGAUUCAUUAACUCAUAAUUCAUGCUGCAACUAAAAGGCUUUCUACCAUAUACUGUGGUUCAAUACAAUGCAGAACUU